AUGGUGCUGCGCUCAGCACUCCUGUCCCGUGCGUUGAAAGUUGCUAAAAAAGGUUUUUUCCGUUCUCGUCGCUGGAAAAAUGUCUACUGUGUGGUGAUGGAGCAGCAGUAUAGGCACCUAUCGGAUGGUGGUGUACCCCGGGAACUACCGGGAACGGGCACCUUCACCGAUGUUUUCGGUGACAUUAGUGCAUCAGAAGGAAGCUCAGCAGGCAAAGCGCCGGCCGUAUGUAAGGCUCCUGAAAGGCAGGUUUCCAGCUGUUUGCUCAGUAUAGAUGCAGACUUUGGGCUCACCUGCCCCAUCGGUCCAGAACACUGGACCACGGCCAUCUCCAAGAUGGCGGUAGCGCCCAUCGAGCGGGUCAAGCUGCUGGUGCAGGUGCAGCAUGUCAGCAAGCAAAUCACCGCAGAUAAGCGAUACGAGGGCAUUAUAGACUGUGUGGUUCGCAUCCCCAAGGAGCAGGGAGUCCUGUUCUGGCACAGUAACCUGGCCAAUGUCAUCAGAUACUUCCCCACCCAGGCUCUCAACUUCACCUUCAAAGGUAAAUACAAGCAGAUCUUCCUGGGUGGUGUGGACAAGAGAACCCAGUUUUGGUGCUACUUUGCCAGGAAUCAGGCGUCAGGUGGUGCCGCUGGGGCCACAUCCUUGUGUUUUGUGUAUCCUCUUGAUUUUGCCCGAACCCGGCUAGCAGCCGAGGUGGGCAAAGCUGGAGCUGAAAGGGAAUUCAGAGGCCUCGGUGGUGACCGCCUGGUGAUCUACAAAUCUGAUGGCAUGAAGGGCCUGUACCAAGGCUUUAAUGGGUCUGUGCAGGGCAUUAUCACCUACCGAGCUGCCUACUUCGGUAUCUAUGACACCGCAAAAGGAAUGCUUCCAGACCCCAAGAAUACUCACAUCCUCAUCAGCUGGAUGACCGCACAAUCCGACACAGUGGUUGCCGGGUUGACUUCCUACCCGUUUGACACUGUUCGCCACCGAAUGAUGAUGCAGUCAGGGCGCAAAGGAACUGACAUCGCGUAUACGGGCACAGUAGGCGGCUGGAGGAAGAUCGCUCGUGAUGAAGGUGCCAGAGCGUUUUUCAAGGGGGCCGUGCUAUAAUGUACAUAUUUUAAAGAGAGGUGGAGAGUAGAUCCGUCGAGCUGGCAGUUUGGGCCUGGGGCGGGGUGGACGUCAGUUUCCUCCUCUGCAGCACAGCCGGUGCUCCCCCAGGGGCCAUGCCGCCCACGUGCGUUAGCUUCGGCGGCUUUCACUGUAGCUGGAUCCUCCAUCCUACUGUAAAGAAACCUGGAAAGGGCUCCAGCGCCAGUUUCGAGAGAGGCGUGGCCCAGGUCAGUCAUCCAUGCUCCUGGUUCUCCGUGUCUGCUGGGUGUCCUGCUCUGCUGUGGACCAGGGAUGUCCGUGGGAACUCUCCCGGGGGCGGGCAUGUGUUGUGUCCGUGCAGGGCGGCCGCCACCUGGCUCCUGAGCACCUGAAAUGCAGCCCAGAUGGCAAAGGAACUGAAUUUCUGACUCUUGGUUCAUUUUCAUUCACUUGAAUUCCACUUUCAGUGGCUGCAUGUGGCCGAUGGCUCCCACGUUGGACUGUGCCAGUCUGGGCCAUGGGGAUGCAAUGAUGUCGGGAUAUCCCGGUCCCAUCUCAGGGAGCUCAUACUCAAGACGGGCAGGAGGGCCUCUCAGGAGCCCUGGCAGGGAGGAUGAGGUCAGGUCUUGUUCUGAACCCCCCCAGAGGCCAGUAGUCCCCGCGCAGUAACAUUCACUGAGCACCCACUA